AUGGAGCCCUUCAAGAUUACAGAUGGAGAUAUUUUUAAUGUCUCAGCUGAUGCAAUGGUGACUACAAUUGGAAUUCAGUGAGAGCUUGAUGGACAUGUAUGCAAGGAGUUAAUUAAAAAGCUUGGGAAACUUAAAAACAGUUUUAAAUCAAAACUCAAAGAGAAUUCCUCAACAGAAGAGGAGAAGGAAGUAAUCAAAAAGGAAUCCUUAAACAAUAUCAAAGAUGAAAUCCAGAAAAGAAUCAAGGAGGACUACUCUCUCAGAUAUGUAAAACAAGAAGACAUCACCGAGAUCAGAACUAUCGUUGAUGGCAGCCCCAUGCUGGUCAAUCUCAAAGAUUUUGAUAAAUUAGGAGAAUUCAAUUUCAAAUAUGUCUUCUUCGUUGCUUUCAAAAGAGCCGAGCAAGGAGUCCCCAAAAGCAUCCUUUCCUUAGCCUGUCAGGAAAUCAUAAAGAUUUGUCGGAAGGAAAAGAUCAAAUCUGUGACCCUCCCUACCAUUGGCUGUGGAGUCCUCAGAACUCCAAUUUCGAGAUGCAGCUCAGCAAUGUCUGAAGGCUUCGCUCUCAGUAGAGAGUUAGUCAAAGACAUGACUGACAUCAACAUUGUCUGCUAUGAAGACAUAAAAGAAUUUGUGGAUGAGUUCAAAAACCCGUUUAAAGAAGGAUAUAAAGGUAAGAAAACAUCUCCUGAAAGCCGUUGAUUGCACAUAUAUUUUCAAACAUCAAGCAUACCUUCCUAAAUCUGCCUAAAACUGGGAAGAAAUCGAAGACACUGAUGAAGGAUUUCUCAAAGAAAAUCUAAUUGGAUAGUUUUUAGUUCAAACUAUCUGAGCAAAACACUUUCUAAAGUUAUGCCAUCCUGGCUCAAAAUUUUGGCUUAGCAGAACCUCCGCAUUUAGUAUUAAAGAUAAGAAUAGGAACUCUACUGAAUUAAAACGUGGCAUUAUUCCAAUUCCAAACCUUAUAUUCAAAAGAAAAGUGAUCAUCUUGUUGCCACAAAUGAAAUCAAGCAUUUAUCUGUAGAGUAAUACUCAUAGUAAAUCAGAGAUUAUCCAAACUUCACCUGAAAGAUCAUCUGAAGCUAACUUGAUUCCUACUAUCCAUGUGCUCACAUUUUCAAUUGUUUAAUGAUUUUUCUGUUAAAAUACUUCCAUUAAAAGCGCUAUUUAAGUCAAAUUUGCUCCCAGCACAAGCUUACUUAGUUCUGAUAAAUCUAGUCUAUCCCAAUUUCAUGUAUUUUUUACCUAAAAUCACAAAUCAAGCUAAAGUUUAGAACUCUCCUAAAGAUCCUCUAAAUUAUUCUCUACCUCAAAAACAACAAUUUGAUAUCUGCCACACCUGAUCUUCGAAGCGACAUUUCACUUUAACUCAAAAUUUACUCCAAAGAAUGUACUCAACCUCUGAACCCAAGAUAAUGCUCAAAAGCA